AUGGAGGUCAAUAUACAGGACCCUCAGUCGUCCAUAGUGUCAGGUACACAGCGGUCUGGAGCAGACACAGGUGGAUCUGCAGGACAAUCUGGAGUCAGUAAGCCUGUAGAGGAGAGGCCCAGCACUGAUCCUCCUGCUGACCGUCCACAAUUCAGGAGAUUGUUCUCCAAUGUCACAAGGCCGGCUAACCCUCCACCUCAGAGGAGGAACGCUGUCAGGAUUAAGUAUACGGGUCCAGAAGAAGACCUCCCCUCCAGACUGUACAUUGGGAAAAUUCUUCUAAAGGACUUCAUAAAAUUUAAAGCAUCUGAGGUGUACACCCUGAUCCAUAUCCCCUCCAGCAGGAUCUAUGACAUCAGCUUUAAGCUGCAGUAUGAUCUGGACUUAUUAUGGAAUAUAUAUAAUGACACGAAGAAACAGUCAAUCUGGGAGCAUCUGCAGGUGAUCCAGCUGUCCAAGCCUCAGGUAGUGAGGGCCACCAUCUUGUUCCAGUCUGAGGUGGUGGCACUGGCAGAUCUGGAGCAUUGUCAUUCGGAAAAAAUCUAUGAUGAAGAAGACAUCUGGAAUGGCGGAUACACCGUGAUGAUACAACUAGCGCAGAACAAAGGUGUGACCAGACAUCUGCCGCACUCCUUCUACCUGGGCUCAGAGAGAGGGAUAUGCUACUACCCCGGUCAGCCGCGGCUGUGUCACAGAUGUGGGGGCAGGCACCUCUUCAUCAACUGCUCCCGUAUUAAGUGCUCAUUUUGUGGACAGUUUGGACAUUCAAAGGACGACUGUACAUAA